AUGAGAAACAUCAAGGAUAGAACCUCAGAAGAUGAACUCCAUUUUCAAGAUGUUGGACCAGAACCAUUAUAUCCAUCUAACAAAAUAAUCAGAUGUGAAAUUGAACCAUCAAGUCAUUGGGGUUCUCAUAUCACAAUCAAUUAUUCUUCAGUAUUAAAGGUUUUCUUUUCUAUCAAUGAUCUGGAAAUCCAAAGAAUACAAAACUUUUAUGUGAACAAUAAUAUCCCUUUUCUUGAGACAGCAAUAAGAAACGAGAUCAAGAAAAAGGUGUUCCAUCUUGAGCUCACACCGUCAUCCAAAAAAUCAAUCAAUCAUAAUAAUGAUGACAUCAGCAACGAUGACAAUGAUGAUAUACCAGACCUAACAUUUGAAAUGAUUACAAAAUGGCAAAAAUCUAUUACAGAGUCAAAAUCUUUGAAAUCAACACAUCGAUUAAUCCUUGCAUUUCGUGCAGCAGCUCACCUUAAUGAUGAUGAAAACGAAAAAACUUAUUCUUAUAAGAUAACUGAUCCGACAGUAUUUAAUAAUCUUCUUGUAAUAUGUAUGAAAUAUAUUCCUGGAGUUUUCAAUCAUCAUUUAAAGGUGGAAGAUACUGAUGUAUCAAAAAAUAAACUUCCAUGUUUUAAUCAUAAAUGGAAAACUCUUGAACUAAUGGUGAAAUCAUUUCUAAACAAUGUUCUUUAUAUUCUUAAACAAUUAACAGAUAAGAAUAUGAUUAAUUUUUUUACAAAAGAGUCUGAAAAAAUUCUUCAUUAUUAUGCAAGUAUUCCCAAAUUGGCAACUCAAUAUCUAAAGGCUGUUUUACAAAUUUGGGGAUUUGCUGAUGAUAAAUCUAGAAUUUUAAUUUUUUUGAAUAUUCAUAAACUUGCGAUUCUAGCACCACCACCAUUUAUUGAUUUUUGUUUGAAAACAACAGCUUUUACCAUACCAUCUAUUAAUCUUAUGGGUAAUUGUGCAGUCCAGAUUUAUGGUAUUGAUUUCAAAAGUUCAUAUCAAUCAGCUUUCAAUUAUAUAAGACAGUUAGCAAUUAAUCUCAGAAACGCAAUGAAUGUUAAGAGCAAGGAUAGUCAUAGAUUAAUAUAUAAUUGGCAAUUUAUUCAUUGUAUUGAAUAUUGGUCAAGAAUUUUAGGAACUUAUUGUGAUCAAAGAAGAAUAGCCGAAGGAGGGGAAUCUUCUUUACAAGAAUUAAUCUAUCCAUUUGUUCAAGUUACCAUUGGUGUAAUCAACUUAAACUCAACUGUAGAAUAUUUUCCACUUCGAUUCCAUUGUAUUCGUUCAUUAAUUAAUCUUAUUAAAACUACUGGAACUUUUAUCCCAUUGGCAACUUUUCUUUUUGAUAUAUUACAAUCAAAAGAAGUUAUAACAGUUCAAGCUCUAGCUCUUCAAAUGACAAAAAAAAUAAAGGCUUGUCCAUCUUCACAUUUAAUUGCAAUCCCUAUUGGAUUUAAAUGUAAGAUUGCAAUAAAUAAUUUCAUGAUGGCAGAGCCACAUCAAAUAUCAAUGAGCCUCUUACACUCUAGUGAAAAAGAAAAGGUUCCUGAUGUCAAAAAGUAA